AUGGCAGUUUCAGACACCAUUCCCCAAUGUCUCUCUCUUCAUUCUGACCCCUCCCAUCCAAUCUCUGCAGUAACCUAUUUCCCCAACAACUCCUCGUACCCUCCUAUCUUGGAGGCCUACAUCAGAAACCUCAGAUUCAGUUCCCCCACAACUCCAAAACCAUCCUUCAUUGUGGCACCAAACCACGUUUCCCACAUCCAAGCCUCCAUCAUCUGCUGCAAAAAGUUCGGUCUUGAGAUGAGAAUAAGAAGUGGGGGGCAUGACUACGAUGGCCUUUCGUACGUGGCGAAAGCCCCAUUUUCCAUUUUGGACAUGUUCAUGUUGAGAUCAGUGAAGGUUAACGUGCAGGACCAGACUGUGUGGGUUGAGUCGGGGUCAACGAUUGGUGAACUUUAUUACGGGAUUGCUGAGAAGAGCAAGAUCCUUGGUUUCCCAGCUGGGGUGUGUCACAGUGUUGGUGUUGGAGGGCACUUCAGUGGAGGAGGGUAUGGGAACAUGAUGAGAAGGUUUGGUAUCUCUGUGGAUCAUAUUUUGGAUGCCCUAAUUGUGGAUGCUGAAGGGAGAGUCUUGGACAGGAAAGGAAUGGGGGAGGAUCUUUUCUGGGCCAUUAGAGGAGGUGGGGGAGCAAGCUUUGGGGUCAUUGUUUCAUGGAAAAUCAAGUUGGUUCCCGUGCCUGAGGUUGUAACGGUUUUCAGAAUUGAGAAAACAUUGGAACAAGGUGCCAGUGAUAUUGUUCAUCAGUGGCAGUAUGUUGCUAAUAAGAUACAUGAUGGUUUGUUUAUUAGAGUGGUUCUUAGUCCUGUGACAAGAAUGGGUAAGAAGACGAUAAGGGCCAAGUUCAACGCUUUGUUUCUCGGAAAUGCACAAGAGCUGGUUCAUGUGAUGAACGCGAGCUUCCCUCAACUGGGUUUAGUUGGUGAACAGUGCAUUCAACUGAGUUGGAUCAAUUCCGUGUUGUUCUGGGAUAAUUUUCCAGUGGGGACUUCCGCUAAAGCUUUGCUUGAAAGGCAUGGUACACCAGAGAAAUUCCUGAAGAAGAAAUCAGAUUACGUGCAGAAACCCAUUUCCAAAGCUGCUCUUGAAGGUAUAUGGAAGAAGAUGAUGGAAUUAGAAAAGCCUGUUCUCACACUCAACCCUUAUGGGGGGAAAAUGAGUGAGAUUUCUGAGAAGGAAACACCAUUUCCACACAGGGGUGGUAACAUAUAUAAAAUUCAGUACUCAGUGAUUUGGAAAGAGAAGAGUGAAGAUGUUGCUAAUCGAUCUUUACAUGCGAUUCGGAGCCUGUAUGAUUACAUGACCCCUUAUAUGUCAAGCUCACCUAGGAGUUCAUAUUUGAACUAUAGAGAUGUUGAUAUAGGUGUCAAUGGACCUGGAAAUGCUACUUAUGCUCAGGCUAGUGUUUGGGGUAAGAAGUAUUUCAAAACAAACUUUGAUAGGCUGGUGAAGAUAAAGAGCAAGGUAGAUCCAAGCAAUUUUUUCAGAUAUGAACAGAGCAUUCCAUCACUUGCAUCUGCUCAUAGUAUAGUGUCAGUAUAG